AUGAACUUGGUGAACGGACGUGGGCGUAAUCACCAUAAAAACGAAAAGAUUGAAGAUCGAGUAUCACGUCAUGUCGAUGAUCAAGAUGUAGAUCAUGAUACCCAUCAACCUUCGGAUGAAAAGUACAAGCGACUCAAGCGGAAACUCAAACAAGUAUUAGAGGAGAAUGAGCGACUGAGCAUUGAAUUGGGCCAUUCCAAUAGGGGCGCGCCAGCUGCGUCAAGAAAAAAACUUGCUACUGGAUCUUGUGCUUAUGAACGGGAGUCUGACUCGAGCCCUGAUACUUUAUCAUCAUUGAGCAGCGAUAGUGAUGUAUCAGAUUCGUCUGUUAAUAGUUUCUAUCAAUCCAGAUCUAGAAGGGCAUCACCUUUACGAGCCACUUCUACAGCACCGUCAUCCUCUAAAAAACAAUCCAAAGUAACAGGAACCAAUAAAAGUUUAGAUGUGCCCUCUUCUGCACCUGCAACAACCCACCACCCUAAGAAGACAGUCAAUAAAGCAGUGGCGGGCACAGGCAUACGUAAACAAACUAGUGGAAUUGGAAAGAAAGAAGAUAGGCCUGUUUCGACACCAUCGACCAUCACCAAUGUUGGAUCAGCCACCCAGAAACCAAAGAGAAUUCAUAACACAACCAAAUUGAGGCCUUCCUGUCUAGCAAGUGACAGUAGGGAUUAUCACCAUCAUGGAUCUCGACACGUUGUCUAUGAUCGAGAAGCUUUUCACAAUGAACGAUAUAUCUGGCCUGUUGGGUACAAGAUGUCACGAUCUUACAAUAGCAUGAUUGAUCCAACUCAGCAGACGACAUACACUUGUAGCGUUAUCGAUGAUGGCGAGGCGCCGAAGUUUCAAAUUGAUGCAGAAGAUCAACCAGGGAAACCCAUCAUUGCAGGGACGGCCACAGGGGCAUGGACCCAUGUCGUCAAAGCUGCGAACUCGAUCCCAAGCGUGAUCACUCUAAUUCCGCCUCAGGCCCAGACUAUUUUGGAUUUUCAAACGCCACUAUUGCCAAAAUGA